AUGUCUGUGCCGAAUCCGACAGAUGACAAAAGCAACAGACGACCUAGAAGAGCGGGACCGGAACGCAAGCCACGGCAAGCAUAUAGCGCUAAGCAACUCGAACGGCUGGAAGCAGAGUUCAAAAUGGAUAAAUAUCUUAGUGUAUCCAAAAGAAUGGAAUUAUCGAAGGCACUUGGUCUCACAGAAGUUCAAAUAAAGACAUGGUUUCAGAACAGAAGAACGAAAUGGAAGAAACAAUUAACUUCGCGUUUGAAGAUAGCCCAGCGUCAAGGGAUAUUUCCUGGACAAAUAUUCGGGCAUAAUCCUCAAGCUUAUUCACUUUUAAAUCCUUACGCCUACGGUCCACUAGGCUGUGUUUUUACUCCUGUGACUUUACCAUCUACGCCGUAA